AUGACGUUCUACACAGGCGCCGGUGGGCGACGAGCUGGUUAUGUGCCUGGCCGAGAUCCGAUGGUUGACGAAGUUAUGCGAGGAUGGCAGCAAAAGUACUGCAAGUUUUCGGACGUUUCUAUUUGUGUGACUUCUUUUAAUGUGAACGGAAAAAGCCCACCAAGUGUGCUACGGGGAUGGUUUCCUGACGGAAAUGUUUCCGACUUCUAUGCUGUUGGUUUGCAAGAAAUGGACCUUUCCGUUGGGACGUAUAUAAUCGAUAAUCCGAGGAAGAUGGAAGAAUGGAUGGAAUGCAUAUUGACAUCGCUACCAGGUGGAGGGAAAAACUAUAAAGUGGUAUCUAGCAUGCGACUGAUUGGGAUAUUCGUUGUACUUUUCCAGUCUCGUGUCUCUUCGGUUAAGGUGUCAAAAAUUAAUGCUGCGUACAUAGCUACAGGGAUCUCCAUGCUUGUCAACAAGUUAGGAAAUAAGGGAGGAACGGCGAUAUCAUUGCAUCUCAACGACACACUUGUGUGCUUUGUGAACUGUCAUUUGGCAGCUGGUACUAGCGAAUUAGAUCGACGAAACCAAGACUUUAGUUAUUUGGCGUUUAACGAUGGACUGUCAAUAUAUGAUCAUGAUGUAGUGUUCUGGUUUGGCGAUCUCAAUUACCGACUGAAGGUCGAGAAUUCCGGCUGGAACGGGGAUCAGGUCCGACAAAUUGCGUCUUGUUCGGAAUUCUCAGUGUUGUUCAAAUAUGACCAGCUUCGAGAGCAACAGUCGAUUGGUCAAGUAUUUGUCGGGUUCCAAGAGCCGGAGGUGCUUCCUUUCCGUCCAACCUAUAAGUAUGACGCUGGGACAUCUAACUGGGAUUCAAGUGAAAAGGCUCGUGUUCCUGCUUGGUGCGAUCGUAUCCUGUGGUGGACACGAGAUCCCGAUACACGAUUGAACCUUCAGCGUUUUGAGAGCGUAGAACAGAUUUCAAUCAGCGAUCACAAACCUGUGCGGGCAUGUUUUGCAUUGACUGUGCGAAGCAUAGAUCAGGUGAAAGCUGAUAAAUUGUAUGAUGAGGCAAUAAGGGAAGCGGAUCGACGAGCCAAUGAACUUUUACCUCAAGUAUCACUGAGUUUGACCGAGGUUGAUUUUGGCGAGGUUCGUUUCCUGGAGCCACGUACUCGUUUGAUAACUAUCAAGAAUACGGGGAAAUCUACUGUUCGUUUCAAAUUCAUAGUACGUCCUGAACGUGGAAUAUGCGCUAAAUGGCUUCAGAUCACACCACCGCACUAUGUCAUUCCGGUUGGACAAUCCACGCAGAUCUCACUUACUGUUGUCAUUGAUAAAGAAAUCUCUUGGGAGUUGAAAGAUACGAAGAUGCAAGAUAUCUUAGUCAUGAAUCUAGAACAUGGACGUGAUUAUUUCAUCCCUGUAACCGCACAGUAUUAUCCAAGGUGUUUUGGAGUGUCACUGGAACAUCUGAUGAAGCGAAAACGGGACCCAGAGAAGAAUCUAAUUGAUUUUGGUGAUGGUCUGGAAGACGAGGAAGAGUAUUGUCCUCCAAAUAUACCUCGCGAGGUGUUCAGACUGGUUUCUGCUUUACAACGAUUGGGAAAUGAUAAGCUGGAUCUUAAUGAUAUUGUUGACAACUCUACAUUUAUAUCAGUUCGUAAUGCAUUAGAGAACGACUUUCCGAAGGACCUAACUAGACUUCAUGUAUCUGCACUGGCUCUCUAUAGUGCCUUGUUGAGACUUUUCGAUACCCUCAAAGAGCCUUUAAUACCAUUCAGUGUGCAACGCGAAGUGAGGGUGGCGAGUAGCGAUGCCACUGCUCUUUGGAAGAUAAUUUCAUCGCUGCCAUCGAUAAACGCAUCUAUACUUGAGUAUCUCAUCGAUUACUUACGGGAGUUACUAUCGCAAGUUCCUGAGGCAACAGAUCAGCUCGUAGCCUGGGCAGAUGUGUUAUUCCGAGGAGGAGCGUUGUUAACCACUGUGCCUCAUUUGGAGCCACGGAAAAGAUGUCGCCAUUUUUGCGAGUUAAUAGGCAGUCCAUAUAGUACGCUCAUUUAUUGCACAAGUUAUAGAAAUAUGGCAUGGCUAUUGAACGACAUCAAAAGACGAUUCAAUGAAGCAGCGGCAUCUAUCGAUGCAUCACUAGAAGAGAACGCUAAUGGCAAAGAAGCGACAGAUGAGCAGCUAGGUAGCACUUCCGAGAAAGAAAAGCAUGAGGGUAGUGGUGAGCGCAAUGUUCAGGAAGAAAAAGUUUCGAUAGAAGAUAUUCAACAGAAAGGAAGAGCGCUCGCAGCCAAGCUGCUGGUUUAUGCAAAGGAUACAACGGAAAAAGCAAGCAAAAGUAUCGUUGCAGUGAAGAAUGCUGUAGUUGAAAAUACGCUCAUUGGAGAACUGGACCGUGAACAAGAAGCCUUUACAGCCGAAUUAGCUGCCAACCGACUUCCAGAUGUUGUAGAGCCGUGGGACGGGCUACCUGAUCGGGAGUUUGCGAAGAAAAAGAUUUUAGCAUUGUCUUUGGAUCCACACAACUUUAUUCGUGAAUCACCUGGUGAAUGUGGAUUUGACGAAGCAGCAAUGCAGGCCAUGGCGAAACGGCUCAUCGACGUCGAUCCUAAUCUCAGCCGUGUCCGCUUUGAGCUUGUACCGAAACAACUGAACGAGGAGAAAUUCUGGCAUAAUUACUUCUAUCGCGUAUCUCUCAUCAGACAGUCGAUUAUUGCUAAUGCCUCAGAUGGGCAGACAUGUGUUAGGAAGACCACACCGGUACCGCCUGAGAAACCAUCUUCUUCAGAGGUUGAGCAACCAGUGGCAACUGCAAGCAGUACAGAUGUUAGUUCUUCAGAUGUUAAAGCAACAAAGGAGGACAUACAGAGCCCACAAACGGAUGAUGACUGGGAACGAGAAAUUCUCUCUGACUUGAAUGAGUACGAAUUGGUUGCAUCGAAAAACGAGAAGUCCGACGAGCAAUGGGAAGCGGAGAUACAGGAUUUGCUUAAUUCCUCAGAAUGA